UGUCAGACUGACAUAAAAUCAGACAUGGCGCGCCUUACCAAGACCUCGCAAGUGUUGAAUAUUUUCCUAUAUUCCUGUGUAUUUUUAUGUAGUUUUACGAAAUUAGCGAGUGCAAGUGUUGAAUUAGAUGAAGACAAUUGGCGGCAAAUCCUCGAUGGAGAAUGGAUGGUUGAAUUUUAUGCACCAUGGUGCCCCGCGUGCAACGCCCUGUCCCCGGCAUGGCAAGAGCUAUCGAACAUAGCGCAGAAGAAGAACCUGGGACUGAGGGCUGGCGCAGUGGACGUUACUAAGUCACCGGGGCUUAGUGGCAGAUUUGUUGUCACUGCGUUGCCUACUAUUUACCAUGUGAAGGACGGUGUGUUCCGGCAGUACAAGGGGCCGCGUGAUGCGGACUCCAUGGCCGACUACGUGGAGCGAGGCCGCUGGAAGCAGACCGAGGCCAUACCCUCCUGGAAGUCACCGGACUCGCUGCAGAUGGGCCUCGUCGCACACUUCUUCAAACUCAGCCAGGCCUUGCGGGGUGUACAUGAAACGCUUAUGGAGACCUACGGGAUGCCAAUGUGGGGCUCGUACCUCAUCUUCGCAGUGGCCACUAUAUGCAUUGGUGCAAUACUCGGACUGUUGCUGGUGUGCUUGAUCGACGUGAUGUACCCCCCUCGGAAGCCGGAGAAGGUCAUGAUAAGUCGCGCCGAAGCGGAGAAGAGACGGCAACUAAGCGGCAAGAAAGAUGACGACGACCAGGAGCUGAUCAAUGACGAUAUCGUGGACGAUGCGGAGAACAGUGACGCUGAGAAAAACUCGCCUAGCGAUACGUCAGAAGACGACAAGGAGAAGUCCGGAGCGGGCGACGAAGCACCCAGCAACGACGCCCCCGAGGUGCGCAAGCGCAGACCGCGCAAGGCUGACUAGAAAUAGCCAACGCACAUAGGUACACGAGUUUGGUUCCCGACCGUGCACGAACGGUGCUAUGACGGUACCAAGUCAGGUGGGGUUAAGGGGGGGAACAAUCUGCAUACAAAUUAUUUAAUGUUAACGUUUAAUAGACUAUAAACUCAUCUUCCAGCUAAGGGGGAUGACCCCGAUACAACAACUUUUUAAACUAAAAAUCCCCCCCCCCCCCCCCCCCCCCCAACCUGAUAAAUGAUUGCCUUGUUCAGUAGGUUUAAGUAAUGAAACGCUUUACGUUAAAAAUUGUUACACGUUACGCUUUGAUAAAACGUUUUAUGAUAAAUUAUAUAAACUUAUUUAAAAAUAAUUAAACAUUUAACGUUAAAGUCAUAUUUUCAUAACGGGCGUACCCGUUCUUUUCCAUGGGGAGAUUAAGCCGUCAAAUAACUUAUUUUCCCGUGGGAAAGCAUUAGCCAACUCUUAAACAUGGCAUUACACCCAGUGGCGUUCACUUCACACAUGCACAAAAGCACUGCAUACCCAAAUUAUUUGAUAUAAAUCGUAUUGGAGGUGAAUUUUUACAUUUUAUGCCAUGUACUUGCUUUAUGCAUACCCUGGUCAAAAACCCUGUGCACGCCACUGAUUAGACCUUAACCAAUGUCUUCAUUUUCACCAUCAAUUUGUUGCAAAAUAUUUUACAUCUUCUACCGCAAUGUUUUAUCAAGAAAACAUUUCACUUUGAAUAUAAAACGUUUUACGGUGAAACACUAAAACUUUUCACUGUAAAAAUGUUAGCUUUUUACUCCAUAACAUUAAAAUGUUUAUCGUUUUAUUUUAUGUAUAACUUAAACGUAAACUAAGUUUUGUUUUUAAAAAACAUGUUUAAAAUUGCGCGCUUUCGAAAAUGCACCACAUUUUUAUUUUAUUUUUUUUCAUUCUAAGCCACGCAC